AUGGUGGUACCUCCUGGUACUAAAAUACCACCGUUAGAACAGAGACAGAAAAGAUGGUUUUGUAAGUAUCAUAACUAUUUGGGUCAUAAUACCUCUAAUUGUUACCUUUUUAGGGAUUCGGUUCAGAAAGCGAUUCAAGAAGGCAGGCUAAAAUUUGCUGGCCGCAGAAUGAAGAUCGACGCUAAUCCUCUUCACCAGGAGGAAGCCCUAUUCGCGGAGCCAGUCGAGAUCAACAUGGUCGAGAUCACCGAAUACGAUGAGGCCAACAUGUUGGAGCAAACUGGUGAAAGCCCAGAUGUCGAUAAAGCUGAAGUUUACCUAAGGACUGAUGAAGACUUGGUAGAUUUUCUAUAUCGCUGCAAGAACAAGGGUUCACAAGUGUGCCUGUGCGCUAGGUGUGGUGCUGUCACCGACAAAAUAGCGGCAGAAAAUUUCCAAAAACUGCAGUUGGGUAAAAGCAAAAGAAAUGGGCAGACCAGGGGUUACUAG